AUGAGAGGACAACGCCCGUGCCAAUGUAAUUGCUCACCCUGGGGGAAGGGCGGGGAAUUGGCGGGAAAGCGAGCGGGAACGGAUGCUCCACUGUAUGAAAACACCCGUUGGUCCAGAACUAACUUUCCGGGCUCCUUUGAUCCGCUGUCCCGAAUCAGGCCCCCAAUGUUCUCCAUUUUUUGCCGGCAGUUCGAUCCGCUCCGUUACGGUAUCGCAUUCCCCGUCACUUCGACUGCCACCGUAUAG